AUGCACCCCAAUCAUAACAAUGGCGACAUUUAUGUAGAAAAUAACCACACAACGAUAGCUGUUUGCAACGCUGACCACACAUGCCAGGACUUGUACCCGGGGCACUACAGCACCGAAGUAUCCACGAAUCAGUCAGAGAGCGUAACGAAUCUCCGGGUAACCAUUGCGAACGUAUCUCGUGUCAUUCCAAGGAUUGAGGAGAUGUGGAAAGUUACAACAAAUCGGCAGGUCCUUGGCUGCACACUCAAGGUUUACUGUAAGUGUAUUAGGUUGCUUCUUUUGUGCCUCCCUCCCCAAACACGAUUUUUAAACGGCAUAGAGUUGCUUUAAGCAUGUCUUUACUUUAAGCAGAGACGUCCUAUGGACCAUGCAACUCCUACGGCUGCAGGGGCUCAAAUACUUAAAGGGCCCAAAAUGUGAUAUGAGAAAAAAUAUUUGAACUAUCAGUUUUAAAUGCUAGCGGCACAAAAUCGAAAAAUGGCACUCGGCCUCCACAAAUGACGCGCAAGCUUGAAUUAAAUUUAAGGUUCUGCUUUUAACAAUGGGUAAAGUAGUUAUUUAAUAGUUUGGGUUCAAAUAAAAAUACACACAGCACUUAAAAAUAAUAUAUUUUAUUUGUGACAUUUGAUACAGGUUAAUUUUUAAAUAAUUGAAAUACGUCCCGAUAAAUUAAAUUUAGCUAUGAGUGCCUAAUGAGUCUGAUCUGGGUAGCCCUUACUGAAAUAGAGUCUUGCUGGGUACUUCUAACCGUCCGUCUAUUUUCAGGUCAAAUGUCACAAAAAAAUCUUCUAGCUGGUCACCUCUAUACUUAAAUGGGUUGCUUUCAAUCUCCCGCAACUUCAGUCUUACUGCUAACACUAUUACUAUUGUGGUGCAUGGUAUACUUUAUGGAGCUGUAGCACCUACGACUGUUCAGCAGUAAAAUCCCUUUCGGGUAGAUACUCAAUCUUUGAUCCCCACAUGGUGCUCAGCUCUUACCUGUGUCUUCAAGAAGCUGUAGCAUGCACAGCGGCAACACCUUGGAAAACGGCUGUGACUAGCAAUAAAAAUCAUACUGAGUGUGGCGAAACGAUUUCAAGUCUUCGAAGAAAAAGGGCUUGUCCCCUCCUCCGGAGAAUCAUCCGGAGCAUUGCAAGGAGGAACCGUUAGGUUGUCAACGGUCAGAAAAGCGGAGACAGCAGCGCGAUGUGAAUCGCUCAGAGCUUGGCAACACAUGCAGAGAGCCAUGGUCAUUCACUGAACACAAUCCCACCCCAAGCCAUCUCAAGCUUGUCUUGCUGCGGGACUCGGAUGGCGUUGGGCGAGAGAGUGAGUUUGACGAUUCACGAAACUGCUCCUCAAUUAAUCCGAGUGAAAGCGCAAGUCAUUAUGAUCAUUCAUCCAUUCUCGUUUUUUUUCCCUCAUCUACAAAAUCCUGUGGCAAUGGGUAAGCGGUGAAGUGGCAGGUAUGGGCACACUGGACGGCGUGGGUGCAUCGGCAGCCGCAGUCGCAAGCCUGUAGAUAAUACGGCUCAGCCCAUAGGGCCAUUGGACGGCGUGGGUGCAUCGGCAGCCGCAGUCGCAAGCCUGUAGAUAAUACGGCUCAGCCCAUAGGGCCAUUGGACGGCGUGGGUGCAUCGGCAGCAGCAGUCGCAAGCCUGUAGAUAAUACGGCUCAGCCCAUAGGGCCAUUCAUCACUGUAAAGGAGUAAUCGUUGUGUCCGGCAGCCCCCCUGAGCGAUUGCACAACACUCUUUGUGAACACAAUUCUCCCCUCCAUGACACGAUUUAGGGGCUAAAAAAGGUGCCCUAAACAUUGACUGCUCCAGCUUUUCCUAUCCAGCCCUCAUCGCAUGCGGUCGAAAUACAUAUUGGAACUCAAAAAUGUAUAAAAAUGUAAAAUUAUCGCACUAAAAUUGUUUGGAAUGUGCGUACUAUUCAGGACAAGGAAAACGCCAAUAGAUGGCAAAAGGGAAAAGCACUUACAGGAAACAACUAGCCAUAAACAAGGUAGAUAGUGCAGACUUUCGGAAGACCAGGAUUUCAGGUAAGGGCGAACUCUGCGGGAGGGUGGGGGUCUCAUGAUAUACUUUCUUUUGGAGUGGUCGAGGAAGCAAUGAACGUUGUCGGUCUGAUUAUUUUGUUCGCUCUCAAAUCUACAAUGAUUAUAGCAUGCUGGCUGCACUUCUAAGGGUAGUCAUCGAUUGGAUAAUGACAAUAAAAUGAUUUCUUAUCUCGAAGAAAACAUCUCACAACGAUGACCAACACAGGUGAAAUUGAAACCAAGUUCUAUGAGGAUCUUCGCUCUGUCAUAGAUGCUAUUCCGAAGCAGGACAAGCUCGGAAUUCUUGGCGACUUAAAGGCUGGAGUGGGUCUUGCAACAGUAAGGUCUCCAACAGUAAGGUCUCCAACAGUAAGGUCUCCAACAGUAAGGUCUCCUCUUGCACCAGACUAGACAUGAGUGCAAACUGCUAAUUAAUUGAUAAUACAGUCUUUUGUCUUUCAACGUGCAAUCGGAAGUGUAACCUCGCAAACAAAUUUGCAUCUAAUCGACUAUGUUAUCAUUAUAAGAAAGGUCAGUCGUUACCUAUUUAUAACCAAGUAUAUGUUCAGAAUAUUAGACAUACCAUCAUCUCGAAGCUUAAAAUUCCCCUACAACACAAAAGAUGAGCACAUUUGAAGAAGAUCCCAAACAUCUGAACACGACAAAGCUGAAGAGCCAAAGUAUCAAAAAAGUUUGUGGAUGCUCAGGAAGAACGUCUGAAAUCUCUAGAUAAUCACAGCAUGGAAUCGGAUGGGGUAUCACUUAAAGCAAUGAUGUAUAACACCGCUGUGGAGUUUCUGGGACUUGCUCCAAAAAUACAUCAUGAUUGGUUCGAUGACAAAUUUCAGGGUAAUCAAGCAGCUGCUGGGGGAAAAACACCGUCUUCACAACUGUUUUCUCAAGAACUCAAAUUGGGUGGCCGAGCGGUCUAAACUGUCUCAAACCAAACAAACGGUUGUCUGGAGUUCAAUCCCCACCAAAGCCAACAUCCCAAGCACCCCGGGUGGAAGGGACUCGUUAGCCUUGGACGGCAACCCAUCUAAGAGAAGGCAAACUCUGAAUUUAAACCAGGAGCCAGAAUGAUCAACAAAUUGAUCGUGGGCCCCUCAAACAUAAGAAGAAGAAUCGCCAGAAAAGGUGCCUACAACAUACAAAGAAAGGUGCAGCAAAACCUCCAACAAAUGACAAGACUAACGCGAUCCAAGGCCACGCGGAGAGAUCAGAUCUGAGACAUUUGUACUCCGCUCUCAAAAAAAUGUCAGGAACAGAUUGUUGACAUGUAGACCCAUUUUACACCAUUGUAGACCCAAGAAGACUUUCUAAACUGUCAGUAGAGAUGGUCUGUGGAAGAUCAUCGGUAAGUAUGGGUUUGCACAAAAGUUCAUUUUAAUGGUGUGUGAAUUCCAUCAUAGUAUGCAGGCUUGGGUCUGGACAAAAUGGACAGGCGUCUCAAUAAUUCCAACAUUCAGCCUGACGCUUUCGGGGAGGAAGACAUUGUAAUCGGCGUCAGAAACAGAACUGAUGUUAAACUAUUUAACACCAGAAGACUAAACGCUAAGGCCAAAGUCCGGACAGACGUCAUCGGGGACUUUGUGUAAGCCGAUAACUGUGCACUUGACGCUGAAUCAGAGGCCGAUAUGCCGUGAAGUGUUGCAAACUUCUCGGAUGCCUGCACAAACUUUGGCCUUACCCCUAACACAAAGAAGUUUAAGGUCUUGAAUCAACAAGCUCCACGAAGACCUUGCUUCGAGCCAACCAUCCAAGACAAUGGCGAAGGGCUUAUGGAGGUAAUCUACUUUUUCUUGCUUUGGCAGCUCACGUCCCAAGGCGGAUCCAUCGAUGAUGAUUGGAAACUUCGAAUUCUAAAAGCCAUUGGGGAAAAUGUAAGAAUGUUUGGAUAAGUAGAGGCAUCCGCACAACAACCUGAAAUAGAGGUUUAAGAUACAGUUGUGCUCCCAACGCAAGUAUAUGCUUGCAAAAUAUCAAUAGUCUAUCAACGCCAUGCUAGGAAGCUAAACCACUUUCACGCGACGAGCCUUCGCAAUUACUCAACAUUAAAUGACAGGACAAGAUCCCACACUGAGGUACUCACACAAGGAGGUAUCCUCCAUCAUGCACACCUUAUUGAUGCAGACAUUUUGUAAGGAUGUCCGGCGACCGCUUGACGAAAGUAAUUAUUUUAUGGCAACCUCAAGCAGGGCAGGCGUUUUUGCUGGGGGACAGAAGAAAAUCUUUGAAGACACAAUGGAAGCAAAUUUAAAAACAUAUCACAUGGACCAGGAUAUUUGGGAACAGUCUUCAAAGAAUCGAGACUCGUGGCACUUAUCCAUACAUAAGGACUCAAUACAACAGGAGGCGAACAGAACAGCUGCUGGAGAACACAAACGACGAGCCAGAAAAGCCCGAGAUACCUCAAGUUGUUCCAUUCGUCUACUGCAUCUUCUACACCAGAACAUUUCGUCCCAGAACUGAUCUGAUAAGCAAUCUGUACACCUUAAGCAAAAAGCCGAUGUUUAAAAGUGUCAUGAACCACCACUACCACUACUACUAGUAUACCUAGUACUCUACUUCUCUCUCUCUGUCUCUCUCUCUCUCUUUCUCACUAUUCACUAUGUACAUAUAUAUAUAUAUAUUCACUCUGUCUCCACUGUCAACUGUCUGGGUCUCAAAUCUCUAUUCUCUUCCUGAUCGAUCAAUCAUCACGUCCUCAUCAGCUUAAGUACCCUUCUAAAGUUAUUUUAAGUCCCGGUCUUCCAAAAAACAGUCAACAAAUUCUAUUUUUGAAUCAAGUCAAUAGGAAUCACAGAGUCAAAGUCUCCUAGCUUAGUAGCUCAUCAUUAAUUGGUUAUUUCACUUUGAUGUUUGUUUGCGCUAAAGAAGGCAUUUAACAAACACAUACGUUGCAUUCGUUUGUCUUCUUUCAUGGUUUGCCCUUGUAAUUUUUAAAUGAAGCAAACUGACGAUAGAACGAUUUAUCACUUUGUAAACUCAAAUAGAAAUACCGAGGUUUCUUCCACUCCAACGGUCAGUUCAUGGGUGGCCUGCUAGUCCUAUCCGUGCCCAGGACAACUUAGAGCUAAACGAUGUUAAAAUCUGCGAGGUCGGAAGCUCCGGGGAAUCCUUUUCGUAAGGUCCGAAGAUUCUCCCCACUUGCACUGACUCAAAAUAUAGGAUCGUGUUUUUUCCCCAGGGGUGGCGAGGGAGGUCAUAGUGGCCCGCAGUAGGAAAGCCACAUCUUACUUCUACGUUCAAAAUACAAGGGAGCUACCCCUUUGGUGUUCUUCUUCUUCUAUAUUUUGAGGGCCCACUAUCAAUUAAUUGAUAAUUCUGGCUCCUAUGUUUCAGAGGGGUUCGCGAUGUUACUGUGCAUGGGUUUCAGUGGAUACUUCACUGGUUGCAAGGGGGACGCAGCAGUGGUUUUAUGAACUGGGAGUUGCAAUACAGGAGGCAGUAGACACAAAUGGAUCGACUGUAGCCGCCUCAACUGUUGCUUUUGGAAGCUUGUUCCAGUCCCCUAUUGUCUUUGGUAGGAAUGAAGAGCUCCUGUACUUUGUUCUUGUUUUUACCUGCCGGAACUGUCUGUCGUGGCUUUGGAGUUGUCUAGAGGGAAGAUUAGCGAGUUUCUGUUUGAUUCCGGAGCAGUGCACCAGCCCAUUUGUUAUCUUGUACAACAUGGUGAGCCUGGAUAGUCGCCGCCGUUCUUCCAAUGUAGACCAGCCCAGUGUUUCAAGCAUGCUGCCAACACUUGAGGUGUUUCUGUAGCGGUUCAUGACAAAGCGUGCUGCCCGUCACUGGACCGCCUCCAAACUGUCGAUGCUUUUCUGGGUAAAUGGGUCCCAGACUGUAGAAGCAUACUCUAAAAGAGGCCGGACAAAGGCUUUAUAGGCUUUUUAGGGUAGCCGCUAGAGCAAAACAUCCCGAGGAGAAAUGGUCUCACGCGAGAUGGGAUUCCCGGGGCCUUCGAAGAGCUACUGUUCAGGUCGUCGAUGACAUUUCAAAAUGUAACACUUCAGCUAAAGUCAAACUGCGGUUACUAGCAACCGCACCCCCAAAUUACCGUAACAGCCCUUUCUUCUCAUACACGAUUUUUUGGAGAAGCCGCAUUGUUUGAAUGCUGUAGUGUGUGUUUAGCCUUAUACCGAGCAAUUUACUUGACAUAUUUCUACAUUAGAAUAUCGUUCUAAAAUUCAUUACCUUACAUUAUAAUCUAAUUUAAAUACACACUUUUUUUCCAGCGAAAAUUAAAAACAUCACGUGCAGUAAACAGAUAUUUACUGACAGCAUUAGAGUGACAUGCAGAUCCAUGCCAUUAUAUCCCCAGGGCAGAUGUUUCCCUUACCUCCUUCAAGUAAGUAUUAUGAUAUAACCUCAGAAACAUGCGUUAAAGAUCAUCUGUUUAUAUUAAAAAUUAUCUUUAAUUAUAGGUCAUACCAAAGCUGUAUUUGCUGUCUUUGCGCAUCAGUAGUGUUUUAUGCACUAAUGGUGUCUUUUUGCACCAAUGCUGUCUUUUCACAACAAUUCUGUCUUUGCGCAUCAGUAGUGUUUUAUGCACUAAUGCUGUCUUUGUGCACCAAUGCUGUCUUUGCGCAUCAGUAGUGUUUUAUGCACUAAUGCUGUCUUUGUGCACCAAUGCUGUCUUUGCGCAUCAGCGUCAUCUUUUUGAAUCCUGGAAGUUGCACAUUGACCACAGAAUUCUAAAAACACCACACUGUUGCUUUUUCGCAAGAGAUGCCAAUUCGCAGAGUUUGUGUAUUUGUUUGCGAAAUCGCGGUGCUCAAAUUGGCACAAACAGCCUCCUUUCACUAGGUCAGGGAUUCUCAACUUUUGAGGGCGGAGCCAUUUUUGUAAAAUAUUUUCUUUACAGUUACAUUUAAGAAAUUUGGUUGCGCCCUAAAAAAAUUGCAUUCGGAGGACACAUGCACACAUUACAAAUAUAGUACUAUUUUAGUUCUGAAUCUAAAGAAGAACAAGCACCAAUCGACAGAUUGAAGGCGGUCCAGCUACGGGCAGCACGCUUUGUCCUGAACCGCUACAGGAAUACCUCUAGUGCUGGCAGCAUCCUGGAAACACUAGGCUGGUCACCAUUGGAGAAACGAUGUCGACUAUCCAGGCUCUCCAUGAUGUACAAGAUAAAUAAUGGGCUGGUCCAAUGAUCCAGCAUUAAACAGCAACUCGUCUCUCUCGCCCAUAGACAGCGACGGGGCCAUGACAGGCAGUUCCGGCUCAUACCAGCAAGAAGCCAGUAUAGGAACUGUUCAUUCCUGCCAAACACAAUCAGGGACUGGAGCAAGCUUCCCAAUGGAACAGUUGAGGCGACAACACUUGACACAUUUGUGUCUAUUGCCUCAGCCCUUCCAACCCACAGUGCAUGAUACCCUCACAAAGUAACCCUUGCAAUCAGUGAAAUAUCCUCAUCAACACCAGACACAGAAACAUUGCAAAUCCCCUCUACAUGCAUAGGAGCCAAAAUGAUCAAUACAUUGAUCGUAAUCCCUUAAUAUAUAAAAUAAGAAGAAUCUAUACAUUGAAACAAAAACAGCAAUUAAGACGUCACUACCAUAGAAUGUCUUUGAUUUUACCCCUUUAUGAUUAUCAAGUUCUUCCGAUUUUGGAAUUCCAUAUCGAACCUAGUAUUUUCUGUAUGGGUAAUGAAAUAAAAACACUAACAAGUAAGGUUACAAGCUUACAAUUACAUUUCUAUCGCAAAACUAGAAAGAAACAAAAGAAGAAAAAAACUACACUAGUCUAAACCUACACAAUAUGUCUACGGUAGCGCAUUUUCGAUGACAUCACGUCGUCUACAUUUACUUGAAUAUGGGAAACGUUUUUUUAAAUAACUAGAUUUCUGCUUCAUUUCUCCCCACUGAUUAUGUGAUUAUCGACGACUAACUAGAUUAUGAUUACAUUAUUUAUUCAUUUCUUUUAUAGUAAAUUGCUCUUGUCCACUUACACUCAGAAUGUGAUAUAUUCGAAAUAUCAAUAAAAAAAAAACCUGAAUAAUAAUCGCAAGAGCCGCACGAGGCUUUGUGGCAGUAUGUUGCCGAUCUCUGCCCUAAGAGGAUUGCAUUUGUCCUGUCAAGAAAGCACCGAGCACUCUUCAGCCAGUCUUAAAGACUUGAAUCAAUUAGUAAAUAGCCACUAGGCCUAGAAGUCAAGUCGAUUCUUCGAUAAGCAGAGGAAGCAUACAAGCAGAGGAAUAUAGCAAAGAAAAGGGGGUCCCAGGUAGCAAAUCAAUGGAAACUCCACUGGAUUGUUGGCAAAGCAGAGAUAAAGAGACACAUUCUUUAAUCGCCAUGAUGGUACAAACGAGAAGUCUAUCCAAGUUUGACCCUAUUUGUUGGUCUGUCCUACAAGGCCGAAGACAGGUGUAAUUUAGGUUUUUAAAAGUCUUUUUUUAAAAUGUCAAAAUGGGUUGGCUCCCUCCGGGUUACUCCUCGAAGGAUUUUAAGCGAUCAUUUCCCCCACUUCAAUUCUCACAGCGGUUUUUAGAUAGAGGGAGCAAUAUUUAAAAAUAGAAAUGAGUAAAAAAAGAAGUUUAGAAAAACCUGAAAAAAGUAACGGAAUAUACGACGAACGUGUCGGCAGAAUGUCUUCAUCAGCAAACAAACAACAGUAAAAACAGAAAUGAAUUUUAAAAAAUUGCACUUAGCUGAGAAGUAUUAUCCGAAAUGGAAGAAAAAUAAUUGUCUCCGGGAUGUUAAUCAAAGUAGACGUCUUUAUUCCAUGUUUUAUUAAAAUGUUUCAAAAAAGAAAAUAUUAACCGUACCACGUCACAGUAAAAUAUUAUUCUCAUCAGAUGGGUUUUCUGACAUCGAACAAUGACAUGUCUUACAGCAAUGAGAUACAGCAAGGAAACCCUACUUUUUAUAGAACCACUUGCACGUUAAGCGUCCCGAACUCAAACCUUUUAAAGCCAGGCGCAUAUGAAGUUGUCAUGAUCAUGUACCCGGAUGUGUCCGGCACGGAGAAAGACAUAGAGCUCGGCACAAAGAGCUCUUUCUUAAUUCACAUAGGUAAGUUGUUGUUUUUUCUGAACAAAACGCAAAUAGUUAGAAGGAAGUUGAAUUUAGACAUAGGUAUUUCUUUCUUAGUCCAAAUUUAGACCUGUUCACUCCUGGGUUAGUGUCAGAGUUGGUUUCUGCUCUCAAAGACGUAGUUUCAAGCUCAAUUGAGUAGUUUAGGUCAUGUGUGUGUGUGUGUGGGGGGGGGGGGCACUGGUUUACUAUCGAAUUACAAGUUGUGUAAGAAAAUUCACUCAACUGCUUACAUAAGUUAACACAAAUAAAUAUACAGGAUAUGAUCCUCCGAUUUGUUUCUUAAGGAUGAGAAAAGGUCUCAAGCAAGCACUAAAGUACACUUUACAAAGGGCUCAUAGAUUUAGUAUGCACUGUUACGCAAAAAAAGUCAAAUUUGAUAGAAUGUGUUGUCAUUGGCAACGAGUCUAUGUGGCAUGUUUCAGCUCGAUAGAUUGACGGGAAGUGGGUCAAUUAGCAAUACGGAGAUUUUAAUGACGGAAACACACGAAAAAAGCGAAGUUAAUAUAAAGAAUUUAAAAAAAAACAAUAGUUGUGUUAAGAUUCUACAAAUUAAUGUUAAAUCCAAAUUGUAUAGUUUAUUCUUCACAUUGUAAGUAUCACCCACUUGAAAUUUUGAGUACGUUAGCCACAUGCUUUCGUCUAUUAAAAAUACGUUUUUUUUUUCCCUAUAGUAAUUGAAAUAUUUUCACUUGACAUAUGUUUACAGAAUAUCCAACGGUGACAAUUCAGACUUGCCCACGCAUUGUCAUAGAAAAUACAACAGUCAGCUGCACGUGCAUUGGAUCUGACGACAGCGAUAUCAAUGCUACAGUGGCCUGGUACGAUGAUGACGACAAUCUGGUAGACAACGAAGCUAGGCUCACUUUUACUGCCUCUAGAAAUAGCAGCUGUAAGUUUGGUACUGACUCGUAUAGUUUUAUAAACAGAUGAUUAAAAAACACUCUACAGUGGACGCAUUCAAUUCAAAGGAUGUAUUAUAGAAUGACAUUUUCAUUAUAUCUAACUAAAUGAAGUGAAUUGAAAAAAAAAGGUACAGUUAUGUAUGAGGAAGCUAGAAAUAGAAAGACCGGGACAAUGAGAGAAAAUCGUUUUGGCUCAAAACCUUCCUCAGCAGACAGGACAACAUGAAGAAGUAAAAAUAAAUAGGAAAUAAUUUAAAAACUGAAGUGUUCACCAAAAAUGUUAUUGCCGCUUGUCCUUCAUUUCUUAUCCUAAAACUAUGUAUGAUGCUUAUGGUGUUAAUGACAUCAGUGGUGCAACCUGUCACAAGAAAAAGCGCAAAUUGUCAAUAAAUUAAUACUAGGAUCACAGGUAACUUUCAAAACAUUCUACAAGAAAGAAUCGUGUUUGAGUGAGGUCGAUUUCGUCACCCCGCAUUUAGUUUUGUCUAUUUCACUGAUAUUCUGGACAUUAAUUAAGGAUUGACCAUCAUCUCAACUGAAAAUACAUGAUUGCUGUCUAAUGUGUGUCUGGAACUAACGCCGAAAAGAGACAGUUUUUGAAACAGCGGGGUAUUUUCAAGCUAUACAUUUACGUAGCAGACGUGAGAGUGAACUUAUUGAAAACCUGUUGAUAAUUGUGAGCUAGAGAAACAAACUUGAAACAGCCUUGCACUUUUAAAAUAUGUAAUGUGGCCAAUUGAAUAAGUAAGGAGUUAUAGUACGACUCUCUGAAUUUUUUUUAAAAAGUGCAUCUUUAGGUUGCAAAAUUAACCUCCAUUUCUAAUACAUGUCUAUUCAAUAUCUUCAUUCCCUAAAUAUAAAUAGCUUUAUUUUGUAUCGCAACAAACCAGCUUGGCAUGAAGGGCCCCAAAUUGGCUUACAGGCCUACAAUAAUUGGUGAGUGAAUAAUUUUUGUUUUCUUUAAAUCGAAACUUGAAUUUCCAUAAACAGAAAGAGAAUCUCUUUGGGUGUUUUUAUUUUUGCGAACUUCCUCUUUAGUACUUCGCAGUCGGUACAUUUACUGAAUGGGCGGUUCCUUAGGGCCUAUGUUGUCGAUCGAGAAAACACUGUGCAAAGGUCUACUUUCGUCCCCACUGGAUGAUAACAAACAAACAAAAAAAAACACCAGGCUGCAAAUACGAGAUUUGUUUCUGUUCACUAUCCCAUCAGCAUCACAGCACCUUCACGUCCCAUCAGCAUCACAGCACCUUCACGUCCCAUCAGCAUCACAGCACCUUCACGUCCCAUCAGCAUCACAGCACCUUCACGUCCCAUCAGCAUCACAGCACCUUCACGUCCCAUCAGCAUCACAGCACCUUCACGUUCACAAUGCGCCCUCACUACGUACUACUACUACUGACUAAACUAGGACUUGCACUACAACGAUAACUCAUCAGAGCUUGACGUACUCGGAAACCCAAAAUCCCCCUUUUCCCUCGACUUAAAAAAAUACCUCACUUGUUUAUUGACCUUGAAUAAGCUGACCGAUCGGAACUGGCCUUCACAAAACUACUUGUGGUCAACAAAUAUUCCAUAUACAAACAAUCACGCUCACAAAUCCAGUGCAUAGAAGUUGCACUGUCCAAGAUUUGAUUUUAUUAUAACUUUUAAUAAAGAACACGUUACUAGUGAUGUUUACUUUUCUUCUGAGGUAGUCAACAUUCAUUUAUAGAGUUGCCCGUGAACAUUUCAGAAAAGUUUGGCCCCAUGACAUGUAAAGACCACGUGACUCCAGACGUUGUCACCGUCUCCUGUAGCAGUGCACGUGCUCACCGAGCCACCGCAUGUCUGUUUUCAAUCAACCGAAAACACGUAAGAGCUAAAUGUAACUGAUGUAGGCAUCGAUCUUUGUCUUAUACAUUGGGUGAAAGCUGGAAUGAAAAUACAGGGCAAUGAACAGAUCAGUUCGUCGGAAACACUUCACUAGUGGAAAAACAAUAUUUAAAAAGCGAGAAUGAGAAAAUUAUAUUUUAUUUAGACGGAAACUGAAUGUUUUUGUUUUUUUUUUGGUAUCAUUUAUAAGCUUUUAAAAUAAUAUCUUUGAGGAGUUCUGAAAGAAAUUAAUAAUUUCAAAUUUUCCCCCCACAGAAAAGAAUUCAAUUAAAGAACACCACAGUUUAUAUUAACACUAUAGAGAAACUUAACGAUAGUUUCUGUUAUUCAACCAAUUGCACUUUGGUAGCACCAGCUACCAGCUUAAGCCCUGGCCGAUAUGAAAUCUUAGCUACCAUGUACCCAGAUGUCACGGGCCAUGAAAAAGACUUGGAGUUUGGUAUCAAUCAGACAUUAUCGAUUCAUAUAAGUGAGUGGGGUAUUUUUGGGGUCCUCAGUGUCACUACUUGUUGGCAUAUCCGCUAGUAUAUUAUAAAUCCCAUUUUAGAGUGGCCAUAUCCCCCCGAACAUUUUAGAGUGGCCAUAUCACCCCGAACACUUUAGAGUGGCCAUAUCACCCCGAACAUUUUAGAGUGGCCAUAUCACCCGGAACAUUUUAGAGUGGCCAUAUCACCCCGAACAUUUUAGAGUGGCCAUAUCACCCGGAACAUUUUAGAGUGGCCGUCUACCCUGCACAUUUUAGAGUGGCCGUCUCCCCUGCACAUUUUAGAGUGGCCGUCUCCCCUGCACAUUUUAGAGUGGCCGUCUCCCCUGCACAUUUUAGAGUGGCCUUCUCCCUUGCACAUUUUAGAGUGGCCGUCUCCCCUGCACAUUUUAGAGUGGCCUUCUCCCUUGCACAUUUUAGAGUGGCCGUCUCCCCUGCACAGUUCCCAGGCUAACAACUUGCAGCCUCCUGCACAUUUUAGAGUGGCCUUCUCCCUUGCACAUUUUAGAGUGGCCGUCUCCCCUGCACAUUUUAGAGUGGCCUUCUCCCUUGCACAUUUUAGAGUGGCCGUCUCCCCUGCACAUUUCCCAGGUUAACAUCUUGCAGCCAUCACUGCAGGAAAGACAAAGAAACGUCAGGCCCACUCCAAAAAAGAAAUUCCUCCCGAGGCGAUCAGCACCACAAAAAAAAUAAAUAAUAAUAAUUAAAAAUAGUGAUUGUCGAUUGCUGGCCACUCAGAAAAGAAUAAAAAAUACAUAAAUACGAAAUAAUUAAAAAAACAAUAAAUACAACUUUGUAAAAUAGUUUAAGACAUUAAGCUGUCUAGAAAACCCCUGUAAUUAAAAUGAAAACAUUUAGUGUUGCAAUUCAUGUUAUUGUAACAAGUGUAUUUACAUUACAUAUAUAGCAGAUUUCUGAAAUGUACAUCUUCUCGUUUUUUCCACAAUGUAAAAGAAUAAAAACAUGAGCAGAGGCUUAAAUUGUUUUUCAACGCUCAGACACUACCCUGAGCGUUUCCCCUCCUCUGACGGAUAAAUGAUCUUGCUGGCUGCCGUCCAUGGUUUGCCUUGUAAAAGUUAUGUGGUGGGGUGGGUGAAUAUACAUUGCUGUUCUUUAUUUCAUAAAUGUAUUUUAUUUUAAUAUCAUGAUUAUGUCUCUUUUGAUAAAAUUUUUAUGUACAGCGCGGUGAGCCCAGCCCUAGGCUGUGGUACCGCGCUAUAUAAGACCCCUUAUUAUUAUUAUUAUUAUUAUUAAUCACUAAGGUCAUUGUUUUUCAGAUCAAGACCACAUAAAGUGCGGUGAUGAGACAGCUGAAGACGUUGUAAUUGUCUGGUGUCUC